CAGUAAAACUUGUCACAAAGCCAUUGUGCCUUCAGUCUUCAGUGAUGAAGACUCUGAUUUGGGCUCUUAGUUUAAAUAUAAUCAUGUUAUCUACGCUGCAGUGUCUCUGAAAAUUUGUUUUCUAGAAGUACUGCUCACAUGCGUUGAUUAUAGUGGAGCUGGAUUGAAUCCUAGGUGGAGGAGGGAAUCGAAAGGGCAAGAGUAAAAAAUGGCGCCAAAUGCUGCAGUUCCCGCACAUCAGCCAGUGUGAAGAUCUUCGGCAUACAUUGGAGCGGGACUACCACAGUUUGUGCGAGAAGCAGCCCAUUGGCCGCCUGCUCUUCCGUCAGUUUUGUGAAACACGACUUGAGCUCAUGCGCUGUGUCAAAUUCUUGGAUGCUGUGGCAGAGUAUGACGUGACCCCAGAUGAAAAACGGAAAGAGUGUGGGCAGUGCCUGAUUGAGACGUAUUUAACCCCUAAGGGUGUGGACCAUGUGCCCGAAGUGCCCCCGGAGCUAGUCAGCCUGUGUUCUGAGCGACUGGAGCAGGAACCGGGUAAAGAGCUCUUUAAGGAAUCUACCAAGCUCAUCCAUGACUACCUUAGUGUGGCUCCUUUUGCUGACUACCUUGAUAGCAUUUACUUCAAUCGCUUCCUGCAGUGGAAAUAUUUGGAAAGGCAGCAUGUGACCAAGAACACUUUCCGCCAGUAUCGUGUACUAGGAAAGGGGGGCUUUGGAGAGGUGUGCGCUUGCCAGGUGCGGGCCACUGGGAAGAUGUACGCAUGCAAGAAGCUUGAGAAGAAGCGGAUUAAAAAGCGGAAAGGGGAAGCGAUGGCCUUGAACGAGAAGCAGAUACUGGAGAAAGUGAACAGUAGGUUUGUAGUGAGUUUGGCCUACGCAUAUGAGACUAAAGAUGCCCUGUGCUUGGUCUUGACUCUCAUGAAUGGCGGGGACUUAAAGUUCCACAUCUAUCACAUGGGAGAAGCAGGCUUUGAGGAGCCCCGGGCUGUUUUCUACGCUGCUGAAAUCUGCUGUGGCUUGCAAGACCUCCACCACGAGAGGAUAGUGUACAGGGACUUGAAGCCAGAAAAUAUCUUGCUGGAUGACCAUGGUCACAUCCGCAUUUCUGACCUGGGGCUCGCUGUUUAUGUUCCGGAGGGACAGACGAUAAAAGGUCGGGUGGGAACAGUUGGCUACAUGGCUCCUGAAGUGGUGAAGAAUGAGCGGUAUAUGUUCAGCCCGGAUUGGUGGGCCUUAGGAUGCCUGCUCUAUGAGAUGAUUGAGGGCCAGUCUCCAUUCCAGCAGCGCAGGAAGAAGAUCAAGCGUGAAGAAGUGGAGCGCCUGGUGAAGGAAGUGCAGGAGGAGUACUCUGAGAAGUUCUCACCCGCUUCACGCUCCCUCUGCUCCAUGCUCCUGUGCAAAGACCCACUGGAACGGCUGGGAUGCCGAGGUGCUGGUGCCCAGGAGGUGAAGGAGCACCCACUCUUUAAACACUUGAAUUUCAAGCGCUUGGAAGCAGGGAUGCUCGAUCCGCCAUUCAAACCCGACCCCCAGGCUAUUUAUUGCAAGGACGUCUUGGACAUUGAGCAGUUCAGCACAGUCAAGGGGGUAGAACUGGAGCCCACGGACCACGACUUCUACCUCAAGUUUGCGACAGGAAGCGUCCCUAUUCCCUGGCAAAAUGAGAUGAUAGAUACGGAGUGUUUCAAGGAGCUGAAUGUCUUUGGUCCAGAUGGAGCCGUACCUCCUGACCUUGACUGGAAGGGACAGCUGCCUGCCGUGCCCAAAAAGGGCCUACUCCAACGUCUCUUCAGCCGACAGGACUGUUGUGGGAACUGCAGUGAAAGUGAAGAGGAGCCCACUCGCCUCUAGGUCCAGCCAAUCCAUUCUUUCUAUAAGCCUGGCCAAGCCGUGAGCUGACUCAACAAAAGAGAUGGGACAGGCCUAGCCCUGGCUUGGCUCACAGUCUUGCUGCACACGCUGUCUGUAUGUGGAUGGGCUCGUCAUUUCAGGGAAGCAGCAGACUCCCACCCUACAGAGGAAGUGCUCCAGGAACAGGGACAGGAGGCGACUCUGCAAAGACCUUCAGUGUACUGCCGAAGGAUCAUCCUUCCUGCCACACCUCUGCCAAAGCAGAAAGUGGAUGCCGGGAGCUAGUGGAACAUUCCAGGGCUGGCCCUGGCCCCGGCCUUUGGCCCUCCCAUCUGCUCACCUACUGGAGUUUGUUUUAUAUAUUUAUAACGAUAUAUCUAUGAAUGUAUGUAUAUAGCAUAUGUACAUUUUUAAUGGUUGAGGAGCGGGGUCCUUCUGCAUUUUUCUCCUCUCUCUUCCAUACUCCAACAUCCUUGCUCCAACCUAGUGAAGAAACAAGCAAGCAGCUCUCCCCCUUCCCAUCCCGCCCCAAGCAGUGGAUCCCAGCCCCCUGUGAAAUAUCCGUCCAGUCUGCUAGUGGAGAUGGGGGCUGGGAGAAGCUAAGGUGUGGCAGCUGAAAUGCAAGAGCAGCUGUCGCUAGUCCAUAGGAAACUUUCAGGGCACCCUGUGCCUGCCCAUCUCUUUGCUAACCAUCCCACCCCAGUUGACUUGCAGUGUUACCCCCAAUGCACUGUAACAGUGAUGGCAACAAUUCAAGACUCCCGCUAGACUUGUAGACUAUGUCUAGGCAACACCCACUGGUUUUUCUGGGAUGGCAGGCUGUGGGCUUUUUUUGGGACAAGACUUAAUGGGAAUUAAGGAAGUCCUGGAACGCUGCAGUAGCAAAGGCAGUUCCAUUACUGCUGGUGGUAGCACACUGUUUUCUAGCUUUAAUUUUUCUUAUGAUAUGAAUUGACUAGGAGAACUGGAGGUGUUUAUGUCUUCUGUUGGGAGCCCCUAUAAGGAACUGAGCAUCUUCUUCCCUUCUGUCUACCACUAUGCCUCUCAAGUAACAAAGUAAUGCUGUUGACUGUCCAAGGAAUGUUUUGCAAAGGGAUCACCUGCCAGCAGUGCUCAUGUGGGAGCAGGCCCACCACUCAAGUCUGGGAUGAGGAGCCCUCUGCGUUCUUGGCCAAGGGUCAAACCACAUGAGAAGUGGGAAGAUCUGGCGUCAAAUCUUCAUUUUUAUUGUAAAGCAGCUGCUGGGCCUCUGAAUUUGGAGUGGCAGCACUGAAGGCAUGGGGUCAACCUUUUCCCCUUGCACAAUUUUCCCAAUCUAAAUUGUGCCCUGAAGGUGCUAUUAGUUCCCCAAUGGAGGGGGUGGGGACAAUGUGAGUACCUGAAUUUUUAAUGAGGCAAAUAGCAGCUUUGGGGAGGGGGGGGACCAAAUUAGUGCCGCUUGUUGAUAAAGCGCAUAGUAGAAGUGAGACCAUGGGACAAUUUUGCCCCAUAUUCCUGACAUCCCAUGUGGCUUGGUCCAAGGCCCUGGUUCCCUCUUCUAUGGACCUCCAUGGCGAGGAGCCCACGGCCCGCCCAGAGCUGCACUGAUGCCUUCAUGACGCUCUGCUGAGCAGACCUCUUCCAGUUCUACUCACUGCCUGGACUAAUGCUUUCCAGUGUUAUCCUUUCCCUCAUUCCAUGUCUAAUAUGCAUGUCUUCAGUCUCCCAGCAGUUAUUUCCAAACUCAUGUGCUCUGUGUGUGCAUGUGCGUGUGUGUGCGCGUGCGUGUGUGUGUGUGUUUGGGGUGCUGCCUUGCUGCAGAACAGUUAACCUCAUUUCUCAGUUCAACUGUGGUACCUCAUGUUAGUAUUGCACUGCUCUUGGUAAUACUGAAACACUUUUGAAUUCGGUUCUUAAUUGAAAGUACUGACUAGUCACUGCUGUAGUGCAGAACUUGAUGCAGUGCAGACAUCGCCAGGUCCUGAGCAGUUUCAUGCCAAUGCUCUAGCUGAGUGGAGGGCAUCAGCCAGCCUGCCCCAAAUUAGAAAGAGCAGCUCCUCUUCACUGCUUUCCAUGUGGCUGAUAGAGAGUUUGUUACUGCCUUCCACCCUUGGCUGGUCGCUGCACCUUCUCAUGCUUCUGCCAAACUGUCAUUCAACUUCUCCAUCAUACUUCAGUGUACCUUUCUUACCCUUUCUUUCCUUGGGGAUUCUAGUUGAACAUGAUAUGCUAUUUACAGACUUCCUCGAUAUGUGUGCCUUUUCCCCUUUUUUAAUUUUUAAUUUAACUCAGUUCCUCUUCCAAAGACUUAAAAACAAAAUUCUGGUCAUCCAAGGCUAAAAACUUGGCUGAAAAUAUACCAUGUAUGAAUUAAGGUGACCUGGUCCCAAACAAUGUCCUAGAGCUGAUUCAGAGCUGUAGACCCAGUUUGAAAAGUACCGUUUAAAAAUGGAGAACCCACUGCAACUCCGAAUAGAGUAUGGUCAGUUUACUUGUAACAUGGUUGUAGGUCCCAGUUCAGUGUGAUAUGGAAGGAAUCUCAGACUUGACAGUGAUACCUGUGAUUUUGCCAUUUAAACUCAAGUCCCUUCUGUAUUUUUAUCCCUAAGAUUUGUUAAAUGUACAUACUGCAAACACACCAGUGAAAGGGAGCGUUUAAUAAAAUCUACCACUUGUUGCUAGAAAGAAAUGCCAUUUUUAUUUAUACUUCCAUCAAAUUUUGGAAUUUGGAAUAUUCCGAUCUCAUAAUCAAAACAGAUUAGUAUUAGUAUUAUUUUAUAAAAAAAAAGUUCCAUCAGUACUACAGACGUUUUAGAAAUAAAUCUUUAAGUGUCAUUCCAAGUGUUAGACAGAAAAGCACAGUAAAGUUGCCCUAAGUGACAAAUUUUGGUUUUUUUUUAGCUUUGAAUAUAAACUGGAAACAUUUUUUCAUCAAAACUGGAGCAGGGCAUUCAUUGUGUCGCUGUGACCUGUCUGGUGAUAGGUCCUUGGUAGGAACUUGGUCUCAGCUGUUGUAAGGCAGUUUCCUGUUUGUCCGCCUUGCCCAUUAUUGUUCACGCUGAGUGGCAGUACCUUCCCAGUGUCUUAGGCAGAGGUCUUUCCCAUCACUUAUGACUGUAUCUUUUUAGCUAGAGAUGCCAGGGAUUGAAGGUGGGACCUUCUGCAUGUGCUGCCAAUGACCUAAGGCCCCUUGUUGGCAGCCCCUCUCCAAUGAAUUUGGAACCAAAUAUUUAUCUGACCUUGAAAAGCCUACUCAGUUAAACUCUGGUUUAAAUAUUUGAGAGCUGAGAGAGAGGGUUCCUCUCUCUUUAUGAUUUCUGCCAUUUCCUGCCUUGCCAAAACUAUGGUUGGAGCAGUGUGCUUCUAAGGAGCAUUUGGAUUCUGUUCUGUGUUCUCUGCCAGGUUUUUCCUUUGCAGUUGCCCAAACUCCUGCCUGAUUUGUUGACCUGGGUCACUUCUUUGUUCUCCCUGCCUCUUGAGGACUUGGGCCUACAUUCCUGUCUUGACUCUUUUUUCUUCUUCCCCUUUUUAUCCCAGUCUUUUUCCUGUGCUUAUUUCGCCUCCUCCCUGUUUAAUCUUAUAUCUAUUCUUAAGUUUCUGCUGCCUUAAUGGGUCUGUUCUGCUCUCUAUUAGCACUUAUGAGGAGCUCUGUACUCUUUCCAGCUUCUGCAGUCAAACCCCUGUUCAUUUGUCUCUGCUUAGCAGCAGUGAACAGAUGCAUGAAGAAAGAUUAUCUAUAAUGGUGAUAGUAUGAGAUGUACAAUGCAGAUAUACCCACUAGAAGAGUUGGAAAUUGGGCAUGUUACUAUCAACAUUCAUUGCCUACUCAAGAGUGUUUCUGGAACUGUUUCUCUCUUCUGCCUUUCCUGCAAAUGGAAUUCCAGGAAUAAAAGGACCUCCUUCAAAAUCA